AUGUUCAAGUGUUGCUACAAGACGCUGGAAGGAUCCGCCGAGGAGCUUAUAGUGGGACCACCAGUGUUCAACGAUGAUCAUUCUUCAAUGCUACACUCAGGUUUGUCUAUGAACAACGCUUCCAGUACUCUCAGACAAAGAACCAAAGACUUCCUUAACGCGUGCACAACAGGAGUGGAGCUUCUCUAUGAUGGAAAGGAUGCAAUGUUGGCUAUCGAUGAAAAUAUCACGACGUUGACAAUUAGUCUAACAGGCAGUGACACGACCGUGAAGGUGCUCAUGAAGAAGAUUCAGCGCAUUCGUCAGGAUAGAAAUGCAAUUAUAGUGUGCGCGUCAGAUGGCGACCUUAAGCCGUUAGUUCACGAAGAGCCUCUGAUUCUCUUCUGCGCUCUCACUUUGGUUACCGACCAAUCUCGAGCGGCGGGGUGA